AUGGAGAGGUUUGCACUGGCCAUAGUGAAAACACAAAUGUUCUCUUUAGAAUACGAGUGCUUUCACCUCCAAGCAGACAAUAGACCUUCACCAUUCAGGGCCAAAUUUCAAGCCUUUGCUGUGGCCCACAUUGACUUGUGUCCGCUUUUGAGAACUAAGUUGUCUGUAUGUGGCCUCCGGGUGACCACUUCUCACCAGCAGCUGGUCGCUGCCAACUUCUGGCGGCUUGAGAAAGUCACUACAAAUGGCAUCAUUGCCAUGAGUGAACCCCCGGACCAAGAAUCCCACCCCGGGCGCUUUCCACCAACCUUCGGCACAGUGGCUCCUUUCCUGGCGGACUUGGACACAACCGAUGACCUUGGGAAGGUUUACUAUCGAGAAGACUUAUCCCCGUCCAUCAUGCAGCUGGCAGCAGAGUGUGUCCAGAGAGGGUUCCCGGAGAUCUCUUUCCAGCCCAUUAGUGUCGUGGUUGUCACUUGGGACUCUGUGGCCCCCUACCAAGGGCCCAGCAGGGACCCUGACCAGGAAGGCAAGAGAAACACAUUCCAGGCUGUUCUGGCCUCCUCUGAUUCCAGCACCUAUGCAAUCUUCCUUUAUCCUGAAGAUGGUCUGCAGUUCUACACGACAUUCUCAAAGAAGGAUAAGAACCAAGUUCCUGCUAUGGUUGCAUUCAGCCAAGGUUUAGUGGGAUUGGUAUGGAAGAGUGAUGGAGCGUAUAAUAUCUUCGCUAAUGACCAAGAAUCCAUUGAAAAUUUGGCAAAGAGCAGCAACUCCGGGCAGCAGGGCGUCUGGGUGUUUGAGGUCGGGAGCCAGGCCACAGCCAGUGGUGUGGUGCCUGCGGAUGUGAGCCUCGGGCCUGACGACGGAGCUGAGUAUGAGGAUGAAGAGCUUGAAGACUAUGACCUGGUGACUACUCGUCUGGGCCUAGAGGAUGUGGGUACCACAUCCUUCCCCUAUGAAGCUCGGAGAAGGGGAGAUGCUGACACGUACAAUGUGCCCAGUGUCCACUCCCCACGCCGGGCAGCCACCGAGAGAAUCCCUGCACCUCCCACAGAGAGGACCAGAUCUUUCCAGUUGCCAGUGGAGAGGUUUCCCCAGCAGCACCCACAGGUCAUAGAUGUGGACGAAGUUGAAGAAACAGGAGUCGUUUUCAGCUACAACACGGACUCCCGCAAGACGUGUGCCAACAACAGACACCAGUGUUCUGUGCACGCAGAGUGCAGGGACUAUGCCACGGGCUUCUGCUGCAGCUGCGUUGCUGGCUACACGGGCAAUGGCAGGCAAUGCGUGGCAGAAGGUUCCCCCCAGCGAGUCAACGGCAAGGUGAAAGGAAGGAUCUUUGUGGGGAGCAGCCAGACCCCCAUUGUCUUUGAGAACACCGACCUCCACUCUUACGUGGUCAUGAACCACGGACGCUCCUACACAGCCAUCAGCACCAUUCCCGAGACCCUCGGCUAUUCUCUGCUUCCUCUGGCUCCGGUUGGAGGCAUCAUUGGAUGGAUGUUUGCAGUGGAGCAGGACGGAUUCAGGAAUGGGUUCAGCAUCACAGGGGGCGAGUUCACCCGUCAGGCCGAGGUGACCUUCGUGGGACACCCGGGCAAGCUGGUCAUUAAGCAGCGGUUCAGCGGCAUCGAUGAGCAUGGGCACCUGACGAUCGACACGGAGCUGGAGGGCCGCGUGCCCCAGAUCCCCUUCGGCUCCUCAGUGCACAUCGAGCCCUACACGGAGCUGUAUCACUACUCCAGCUCGGUGAUCACUUCGUCCUCCACCCGGGAGUACACCGUGACCGAGCCCGAGCGAGACGGGGCUGCCCCUUCCCGCACCUACACUUACCAGUGGCGGCAGACCAUCACCUUCCAAGAGUGUAUCCAUGACGACUCCCGGCCAGCCCUGCCCACCACCCAGCAGCUCUCGGUGGACAGUGUGUUUGUCCUGUACAACCAGGAGGAGAGGAUUCUGCGCUAUGCUCUCAGCAACUCCAUCGGGCCUGUGCGGGACGGCUCUCCCGAUGCCCUUCAGAAUCCUUGCUACAUUGGCACUCACGGGUGUGACACCAAUGCGGCCUGUCGCCCAGGUCCCAGGACACAGUUCACCUGCGAGUGCUCCAUCGGCUUCCGAGGAGACGGGCGGACCUGCUACGAUAUUGAUGAGUGCUCAGAGCAGCCCUCGGUGUGUGGGAGCCAUGCCAUCUGCAACAACCACCCAGGAACCUUCCGCUGCGAGUGUGUGGAGGGCUACCGGUUUUCAGACGCAGGCACGUGUGUGGCUGUCAUGGACCAGCGCCCCAUCAACUACUGUACAACCAGCCUCCAUGACUGCGACAUACCCCAACGGGCCCAGUGUGUCUACACGGGAGGUUCCUCCUACACCUGUUCCUGUCUGCCGGGAUUCUCUGGGGAUGGCCGAGCCUGCCAGGAUGUGGAUGAAUGCCAGCCAAGCCGUUGUCACCCUGAUGCCUUCUGCUACAACACCCCAGGUUCCUUCACAUGCCAGUGCAAACCUGGCUAUCAGGGAGACGGCUUCCGUUGCGUGCCUGGAGAGGUGGAAAAAACCCGGUGCCAGCAAGAGCGAGAACACAUCCUCGGGGCAGCGGGGCUGGCUGACGUGCAGCGGCCCAGGCCUCCGGGGCUGUUUGUCCCCGAGUGUGACGCACAUGGACACUACACGCCCACCCAGUGCCACGGCAGCACUGGCUACUGCUGGUGUGUGGAUCGCGAUGGCCGCGAGGUGGAGGGCACCAGGACCAGGCCCGGGAUGAGGCCCCCAUGUCUGAGUACAGUGGCUCCCCCGAUUCACCAGGGACCCUCAGUGCCUACCGCUGUGAUCCCGCUGCCCCCCGGGACCCACUUACUCUUCGCCCAGACUGGGAAGAUUGAGCGCCUGCCCCUGGAGGGAAACACCAUGAAGAAGACAGAAGCCAAAGCGUUCCUGCAUGUCCCGGCUAAAGUCAUCAUUGGACUGGCCUUCGACUGUGUGGACAAGAUGGUUUACUGGACAGACAUCAGCGAGCCUUCCAUUGGGAGAGCCAGUCUACACGGCGGAGAACCAACCACUAUCAUUCGGCAAGAUCUUGGAAGUCCAGAAGGCAUUACCAUUGACCAUCUUGGCCGCAACAUCUUCUGGACGGAUUCUCACCUGGAUCGAAUAGAAGUUGCAAGGCUGGAUGGCACGCAGCGCCGGGUGCUCUUUGAGACCGAUUUGGUGAAUCCCAGAGGCAUCAUAACGGAUGCCAUGAGAGGGAACCUUUAUUGGACAGAUUGGAACAGAGAUAACCCCAAAAUCGAAACUUCCUACAUGGAUGGCACGAACCGGAGGAUUCUUGUGCAGGACAACCUGGGCUUGCCCAACGGGCUGACCUUGGAUGUGUUCUCCUCUCAGCUCUGCUGGGUGGAUGCAGGCACCAACUGGGCGGAAUGCCUGAACCCCAGUCAGCCCACCAGACGCAGGAUUCUCGAAGGACUCCAGUAUCCUUUUGCCGUGACGAGCUAUGGGAAGAAUCUGUUUUACACAGACUGGAAGACGAAUUCCGUGGUUGCCGUUGAUCUCGCUGUUUCCAGAGAGACGGACACCUUCCACCCUCACAAGCAAACCCGGCUGUAUGGCAUCACCACGGCCCUGUCUCAGUGUCCCCAAGGACACAACUACUGCUCCGUGAACAACGGUGGCUGCACCCACCUCUGCUUGGCCACCCCGGGGAGCAGGACCUGCCGUUGCCCUGACAACACCCUGGGAGUUGACUGUAUAGAACGGAAAUGAAGACAAGAUUGCCUUGUUCCUUCUCCAAGUAUUUUACAGCAAUACCCCACUUGAAACUACUUGGUCCAGACUGAAAAUUGUCCUCUGGCAGAGUGACCACCAGGCCCGAGUCUCGCCCAGCCUGAGCCCCUUCACCAUUUCCCAAAACAUGCACCCUGGGCUUUUGUAGUGAAAAAGUCUCUACCCCUUCAUGAGAGCGAAAAGCUCCCCUCCCUCACCUCAACCCUCAGACAAGCUUAUGCAGCCCUGGGUGAAGAUUACAUGUCCAUCCCAGUGUCUUGGGACCUAUUCCCAAUCCUUCCCCCUCAAUGGUGAGCACAGCCUCCUAAGCCUGAGUUACCCGCUUCCUUGUGACCUUACGAGCUCAGCCUCACUCUGAGGCACCCACCAUUCUGUCACCUCCUUGACUCACUAACCAAGGCCUGACUAGACAAGUUCAGGAGUGAAGAAGGGAGUCAGCCUCCCAUACCUUUUCUCUCGGUGCUCUGAUUCCCCUCUUUUACUCCCAUCAUUUUACUCCCUGGUUCCUCACCACCUUUAUCCUUCCAAGACCCCCAUGAUAGCGAUCAUGCUCUGCCUUUUGAUCAAAACUUUCCCUGUCCUAGGAAUAUAUAGGUAUUUGGUGGAUGAUAAUGGGCAGCCCCUUCCAGAUAGGCUGUUGGGAUUUAAGCAGUAGAAUGUUGGCAUCUGUUAGUCAAAGGCUUAAGUCGAAGGAAUGUCUAGUGGUAGGAAUUUUGAGGUGUUGAGUCAGAUAUUUGAGGAUAGACGAUUAUUUUGAUGUGCCUUAAAUUAUACCAAAGAUUACCACAUUCUCCCUCUUCGCAUGUAACACCUGCCUCCCAGCUUCUGGUCUCUGGUGCUGUGCUGGUCUGUAGCCCCAAUGCUGGUCCUGGUGUCCUGCCUUCUUGUGGUGACACAUGUGGGUCACAGUGUGGGGCUGGUACCAAGUGAUGAUCCAACACAGGCUCUUACUUCUGGUCUCCACUCCUGAUAACUAACUUACACUCAUCCAUGCACUCGUUUCUCCUUUGUUUUUCACUUUUGUCUGUGGCCCUUGCUGGCUGUAUUCUCACUAAACACACAAUCCAAAAAGACCGAAUUGAAUAUCUAUACUAAUGGUCCAGAUCCUUUAUUGCUCAUUGGUAUAAUCCAGGAGUCCAUUGCCACAUUUUAUGGUUAAGUUUCUGCCAUUUGUUUAGAAAACACCUGCUUACCAUCUCAGUAGCUAGUGUUAUCUUUUUAUCGACUGCUUCCCAGAGUCCUAAAACAAUAGAAAUUUUGGAUUGAGAGUUCGCAUAAGGAGUUUUAAUCAUCAAGGACAGGGUAAGGGAGUAGAGAAGCCUCGAUGAGAAGCAUCAUGAAGAGAUUAUUGAUCAAGAACACGAAUGAAAAAACCCAAGAUGAAGGGGUGGGAGGAGAGACUUUAAGAACAGCAAUAAGAAAAACUCUUAAAUGACGCCAAAGAGAAAAUGGUAUAUUUUGCCAGAGAACACUUAUACAUGAAUGAAUUUGCCUGAUAUUCUCCUUGGGGAAGAGAGCCUUCCUCUUUUCCUUAAACCCUAGCACAAUCAACCACUCCCCCUCAACUCCCUAGCCCACCCUUGUCCUCGCUUGCUGCCAUACAUGGGAACCUGAAUUAGGAGAGAGUCAUUUCUUAAAUAAUUGGAGGUUGCAGUUUGUCUGAAGAGGCAAGUAUAUCCCCCAAAAUCACAAGAUUUGAGGAACAUGUAAGUCUUUUACAUAGCCCAAUUUCAUAAAUUAAUCUCAAUCUCACUUUCUUUUUAUAUUUAUCAUUCUGUAUCUUCUAUAGCAAAUGUUCAUCAUGCGUUUGCAUAAUUUUUAUAACUGUUUUAUUCAUUGUAUUGAUUUAUUCUAGAAUUUUAAAAAUGGUAAAUUCUUAAACUGUGGAAACCACUGAAGGUGCUUUUUAACUGUUCUCCCAAAUUUGUACCAGUAUUGGAUGAUUCCUUGAGUUUACAGCUGUACAAAUAUUGGUGUGGAAAAUUAAAAAAAAAAUGUUGUUAGAAAA